GUCAAAGAGCAACACUGACUGCAGAAGAAAUGGCUGACUUUUACAAGGAAUUUUUAAGUAAAAACUUUCAGAAGCACAUGUAUUAUAACAGAGACUGGUACAAGCGUAAUUUUGCCAUCACCUUCUUCAUGGGGAAAGUGGCCCUGGAGAGGAUUUGGAACAAGCUGAGACAGAAGCAAAAGAGGAGCAUUUAGGAGCCUACGCUGGCCCCGUCCCCCCAGCGCCCAGGUUGCACUUACGAGGACCACGGAAACUCUUUAAGUGACCCCAAGCCCCACAUCUUUUUGUGGGGCACUGGCCUGUGUGUCGGGACAGGGUCACCUGCCCAACCCUCCCCUCCACAGACUGUGGAUCCCCAGCUGUGAUGUAAAUAAAGUCCAAGCACUGUGUGCCUGUGUCCUGUGUGUUGAAUCAGCAAUUCGAAAUCGAGCCACGUAAACAUGUUUGUGAAGUGAGACUCCAGGGCUGGAGGUGUGGCUCAAGUGAGGCCCUGCAUUCAAAUCCAACUGUCACAAAACAAACAAACAAACAAAAAGAACAUAGAUUCCAAUAAGGAGAAUAAUUUGGAAGGUGCUGCUAAGUGAACUGUCAGCUGGCUGUGGUACUGCCACCAUGGCUCCAUGAUGAGUUAGUAGUGAGUCACAGAGGAUCUGCCAGAUCUGAGACCCAACUGCAACAUGGUUGUCCUGAAACGUGAGCAGGCUCAGCACCUGUGUCCAAGGCCAGCA